CUGCUGUAGUCUGGGAUAAUGUCUUGUCCGUGCUGGUUGCAGACUGGGGCGUUUCACUUGAGAACUCAAAUGCGUGUCAGCCAAUUGAAGGAAGGGAUAGUGUUCCUCCAGUAACAAGUACAACUCCUUUCAUGUAGAGUUUUUGUAACUGUAGACAACAUGGCAUCUUGAGUUUGCAAUCCAGAGGACAAAAUGUUGUGAGCGAACAUGCUGGACAGAACUUCAGUGGAGAGGCAGCAGGAUUGCAGACCGUUGUACAGACUUCAGCUGAAUCAGUCUUACUACUCAAAUUGACUAUUGUUGUACAGAAUAGUUCUGUAUGUCGAACACACAGUGAAAAAGAACCUUCCAGAAUUAAACAAAGAAGGGAAAAAAACAAACUCACAGGGUUCUACAGUGACCCCUAGCGUUGGAUCUGCAACACUGCAUCGGUUUGGCUUUAACAGAUAGCUUAUCUGUAGCCACUCUGGUGGGUCAAAGCUAGGUGAAAAUGGAAGUUGCUGUGGCGGAAGAGAAGAAGAAGAUAUUCCGAGCCAGGAAAACCAUGAAGAUAAGCGACCGCCAGCAACUGGAGUCUCUCCACAGCACCUUGUCAUCCCCUGUUCCACCCCUGUCCAAUUCCAACUCCCCCUCCACCCCCAGCGUGUUGACCAAUGGCACGCACACUGAGGGCAGACAGAAGGUGGCAGACGGAGAGACAAGUGACAUCACUGACUCAAAAACGUCCCGUUCUACAACUCCCGUUUCCCCCACCUCCCUAACAUCUCGGUCCCCUCCACUCGCUCUGUCCCUAUCGUUGUCCCCCUCUCCACCCAGCUCUGAAAACCCCAAAGUCAAGGAAGACACUACUCCCUCCCCUUCAUCGCCCUUCCACAACCUUAAUGAUAUACUGAAACAGAUGGAGGAAGAGGGGAAGAAAGAUGAGUGUCCCACAGCCCUUUCCUUUAAGGACACGGAGCGGAAGCCUACAGAGACGGAGGUGGCAAAGACCGACAAGAAAGAAGAGAAAACAACUGGGACCGAAAAAGAGGAUGCUUGCACUACAACUGGAAAGAGCCCAGAGGACCAAGCCUCUGUGGAUCAGUCUUCUGUGGAAUCUCCUUUAUUGCCUGUUACAUCCGACAAAGAGUCUGUGAAGGACAAGAAAACAGGGAAGGAAGAGGACAGUGUGGCCAUGGAAGUGGACACAAACAAGGACCAUACAGACGCCAAGGCCUCUAAGGCCUCCCUUUCCACCCCAACUGAGGAUAAACCUUCCACCCCCAAGGCUACUAACACAGCCUCUUCCCCUUCCUCUCCCAGUCCCUCACACUCCGCAGCCCCUGAGCUUGACCAGGACAUCAGAGAAGAGGUGCAGCAAAAGGGGGAGAAGAAGAAAGAGGACGGUCAAAAAGAGAAGGAAGUAGUAACGAAAGAGGAAAAGAUGGAGGUGGUCUCUGUGAAUGAGCAAAAAAAUGAACCGAAUGUAGCAGAGUCUUCCGCGUCAUCUGCCAUGUCUACAUGUGCAAGUGAGAAAGGGUUGAAAGUGAAGGAGGAAAAUGGCUCCUCUUCUGGACAGAAGCGUCCCCUGUCGGACGGUGAUGAAAAAGAUGGGGUGAAGGUUGAAAGAGACGGGAAGAGGCAAAGGGUGCAGGGAGUGGAGUUGGAAGCUCAGCUGGAGUUGAAAAUAACUGCGAACAGUGGCAGUCGGCAGAAACUAGAAAAGUUUGUGCAAAAAAUGGUAGAGGAGCGAUUGAGGGUGCUACAGCUCACUGUCUUCGACCAAGGUUUACAGGAGCUGAAGGACCGGGUAGAAAAGAUUGACUGUGCCACUAAACACCAGAGCACCCUUAACACACUACAGGCCAAAAUUGCUAGACUAGCAAAAAAAUUUGGAGAAGCCAACCAGGCCUCAGAGAACAAAAGAAAACAGGAAGUGCUUACGUCCCCUGCUGCUAAGACUGCACCUUCAACAAACACCACUCCCACACAACGGUCAGUAGCAGCUGUCGUAAAGCAGCCCAUGACCAGCACAGUGUCUACCAACCUUCCAGUUCAGCUGCCCAACAAGCCUAACCCUGCCACAACUGCCGCAACUGCGAUGGUAACACAGGGCUCCAUCCUGCAGCUGAUCCCCACGUCUUCCAACUCUGCGUCUCUGGGCACGGUCACCUCCCAGAGUGGACCAACCGGCACCCUGCUCCUGAAGACCACGUCAGGCUCCAACUUGGUGGGCCAAAAUGGCCAGCCCUUACUCAUCCAGCUGCCCCUGUCCGCCAUGGCCAGCGGCGGGGCCGGGACCCUUGUUAACAUCCCAGUUUCCUCCUUCGGCACAGUCAACUCCCACAGCAAGGCCAAAACCACUACACCAACCACCACCUACAUCCUCAAGGCCAGCCCCACCGCCUCCACCAUGGCUGGCACCGCUACCACCGUGGCCUUGCAGGCCAUCUCCUCCACCACUCAGAGCACUCCGUCUAUGUCAACCGCCCAGGUGACCCUGGCCAGGGCCGUGUACCAAGGGGGCGCGGGGGGGAUUAGCACGCCCAGUGCUGGAGUGUCCGUGACCACGGCCAGGGCGCCAGUUCAGGUGGCCUCUGUGCCAGGGGUUGUGUCGUCGUCCUCUUCACCGGUGACCACUGGUCCUGCCGCUACUGGCUCAGCUGCUCCGGGACCUCCCUCUGGGACAGUUAUGACUUCAAAGACAGAUAAUCAAGCAUCAAGCUCUACUUCAACCAAAACGCCCGUCCCAGGGACUCGUCCCAAAGGCUCCUUCAUAGACCUUACGGAGGAGGAUGAUGAUGACGUACUAGUGACUGGUGUGAAAAAGGCCACAACAGCUGUGGUUGGAUCUUCCUCUUCCGUUACACAGCGAUCCACUGGGCCUCCUCCAUUGAUCAGCACCCCUAGUGCAUUGCAGGUGCUGCAAAAUCUAGAUGAGAUGGAGUCAGAUGGAGGAUCAGAAAUAGAGCCUGACAUCAACGUGUCUGAUGACGGGUCUUCGUCGGAUUCUGAUGAUGAGCCGCCACCUCCAAUGCCUGAGCCAGGUCGCGGGAAAACGAGAACGGAGCCAACGAUGACCCCAACUGUCAGACAGUGGUCUGGGAGGGACGGCACGAUUUGGGUAGAAAAGAGCAAUGAGAGUGCACCAGAAAGGCGGCCUUCGAAGAAUAUCCUCAAGGAGAGCGCAGGCCCAACCACUCACGCCAAGUUAAGCAUCAGCAGAGCCCUCGACAGUUUCCUCUGUUUGUGUGACAUGCAAAUGUUGCAGCACAUCAGAGAUUGUACCGUUACUUGUGCGAACCGAAAAGGUGAGCUAAUGUGGGACAUGUCUGUUGAUGAACUCAAAGCAUUCAUCGCGCUCUUAUUUGUCCGUGGCGCAUACGGUGGAAAGACUAUGGACGUGGAGUCAUUUUGGUCUGAUCGAUAUGGAGUGGACUUCUUCCGAGAGACCUUGACACGCAACCGCUUCAGAGAGAUUAUGCAACACCUGCGUUUUGAUGACAGGGAGACAAGAGGACAACGCUUGGAAACAGACAAGUUCGCUGCAGUCUCAGACACCUGGAAUGGUUUUGUGAAGAAUUGCAUUGCUUGUUACAAGCCAGGAAAGAACUUAACUUUUGUUGAGCAACUGUUCCCAACAAAAGCCCGGUGCCGUUUUAGCCAGUACAUGUCCAACAGACACGACAAAUUUGGAAUCAAAUUUUUUUUAGCUGUCGAUGUUGACACAAAGUACAUACUCAAUGGCUGUCCCUAUUUGGGCAAGGAUGAAACCAGGAUAGCGGGUGAGGAACUGUCGGAGACUGUGGCCUUGAGACUCAUGGAGCCUUUCACAGGGAAUGGCAGAAUUGUUACCACAGAGGACUUCUUCACAUCACUUUCCCUGGCAGACAAGUUGAUGGCAAAGAAAACCAGCCUUCUAGGCACCAUGAACAAACAGAGACGUGAGCUGCCGCCCUGUGUACAAAGCGGCACGCCAUCGGAGCUCUACUCCACCACAGUGAUGGAGAGUGGGAAAGCUACGCUGACCGUUUACAGAUGUAAGAAGAAGAGGAGUGUUUGCGUCCUCAGUACUGUGCAUCCAACUGUCGCCAUCAGCAGUGGACCCAAGAAAAAACCGGAGACGGUGACAGACUACAGUCACUCAAAGGUUUGUGUGGAUUCCCUCGACCAGAUGGCCAAGCUGUACUCUGUAAAAGGAGGCACUCGUCGUUGGCCUGUUGCAGUGUUCUACAACCUGUUAGACUUGGCUGCUAUCAACGCACACGUGCUGUACAAGCAGUGUCUCAAGAAGACAGUCAGCAGAAGGCAAUUCAUAAUGGAUCUGGCAUGUGAGCUUCGUGAAAACUACAUGAAUGCCAAGAUAGCCAACAAACAAGCCGCCAAGGAGGCAGCACGUCCUACUCUUCCUCUUCCCCGGCCACAGCCGCUCCCACCCGGCAAGAAGACGCAAUGUCAAGUCGGCAGGUGCACACGGAACAAGACCAAUGAAAGCUGUGUGAGGUGCAACCGUUUUGUUUGCCGGUCUUGCUCAUACAAACCCCCGAAACUGUGUGCUGACUGUGGGCUGGAAACAUGGAAACAAGAUUUUAUUGCAAUGUAAGGACACAACCAACAAAAGACUUUCCUAUAUUGUUGUGAAUAUAUUCAAUCAAAUAGUCUAUUCUGUCUUUGAACGAACAUUUAUGUGUGCAAAUAUUUUGACUGUGCACCUUGGUUGACAACGUGUUUUACUUUCUAUAUGGGCAAGUAGUAAUAAUGUGUUACUGGGCUGUAUUGCUGUUCUAGUCAAAUGUAUAAAUAAAAAUCACUGAAUGUUGCACUGUAAUGUUUUAUUUUCAAGACUGCCUUGGAUUGUAUUUCCAUGAAUAGGUUAGUGUUUGGGCAAGACCAAGGCCUUCAAUACAAACCAACCAAAUUACUGUUCUUCAUGUAAUUCAGCCUUUCUAUAUUACUUUAAGUAGGUUGAUAACAACACUGUAGAUGAACUGCUGCUAGCUGCUGAUACUGCAGUGGUGAAUGUGCAUGCUAAUUGUGGCGAUUGGUAUGCUAAUGACUAAACAAUGUUAGUGCUUUGUCAUUCAGCUCAACAAUUGACACAAACUUACUGCCAUAGCAACUACAGAGUUUGAUUUUUUUUUCUUUGUGCCAAAAAGUGUUCAAUAUUAAUAUGUCCCAAAAUGAAAUAGAUAUUGGCAAAUAUUCUCAAACGGGGCACGAGAACAGGUAAGGCUCAACCUUGGCAGAGCAUAUGCUCUGGAUUAGUCGUCCGUCUUUAUGCGCGUCACGCAGUUCGACUGGGAUUUGUCGUCCGUCUUUAUGCGCGUCGCCCGACUGGGAUUUGUCGUCCGUCUUUAUGCGCGUCACCCGACUGGGAUUUGUCGUCCGUCUUUAUGCGCGUCACGUAGUCCGACUGGGAUUAGUCGUCCGUCUUAACGUGCGUCAUGCACUCCGACUGGGAUUUGUCGUGCGUCUUUACGUGCACCACGCACUCCGACUGGGAUUUGUCGUCCGGAUUCAUCAUCCGUCCUUACGCGGGUGACGCACUCUGACUGGUAUUUGAUGUCUUGUCUUUAUGCACUGUGUAUUUAUGCGGUGUCCGUCUUUACGUGCGUCGCACACUCCGACAGGCAUGCAGCGCUCGUCGUUACGCUUCACGCACUCCGACGGGCAUGCAUCGCAGGUCUUUGUUACAUGAAUCACGCUCUUCGACACAUCGUCUCGAAAGGUCUGUGCACGGCCCUGUUCUCUAAGUGGAUAAUUUUGCUCCAACCUCACAUUGAUUGUUUGAUUUCAGUUUCAAACUUUUGUAGCGUUGAGCCAAUACAAUAAAAUAAACAAAUGUUACUUUCCCAAUAUCGCUGGGCACCAGUGUUGGGGGUAACACGUUACUAAGUAGUCUACUUUUUAAAGCUAACGAGUAAUGUAACGCGUUAGUUAUUUAAUAAAAGUAAUUUUCUUAAAUACAUUUCUUAAACUAAUUUCCCCUCAGUGCAACCUAAGUAGCAUUACUUUCCUCUAGUAGCAAGUGGCAACAAAGGACGCAACGACGGCAGCAAUAUCAAGUCCAGAUAAAAGACAUGAUACACAAGCCAUGUGCCCAGCUCCCAUUAAUUUCAAAACGAUAUGUACCGUCGAUUAGUGAUUUGUGCAGCGGAAGGCUGAACUUCGCGAUUCUGGCUUGGGACGCAGUUCAUUAUUUUGACUACAGCGUUAUUACUCUUGCAUAUAACCAAUCAUCGUGGUUGCUGUUAUGUUUUGCUGGGAUCUCUAGCCUGUUGGACAACCAAAGUUCAAUCAGAAAUCAUACUCUAGUGGCCAACCAAAGUUGAUACCAAAUCAUUCUCCAUUAUUUCCAGGCAUACGAUUGUUUAAUCUGAAUGAACAUGUAGCUGCUGCUUCAGAGCUAUAUUUUCAGAGCUAUAUUUACGACACUUAAAUAAAGGUAAUUGGGCAGCGGGGCUGGUUUGGGAUUCACAAGAGUACGCUAUCAUUCCGUUAAUAAACAUUAUGUAGCCCACAUUGUAUUUGUAUAUGGGAAGUGUUAAUAGUGCUUUAAUUGUGGUUGUUUAUAUAUUGUUUAUCAGUGUACAUUACUAUAGCUGAUAUUUUGUUCCUCAUUGUUCACUACAAUGGACCUAUCUAGUAUUGAAGUCUGCACAUAUAGGCUGUAUAAUAAGCCUGGCCUGAAAAUGUGGAGGCUGUUGCAAUACAACAUUAUUUAUUGAUUAAAGAAAUAAACACAAAUAUUAUUUGGCAUUAUGGUAUAUGAUCACUUGAGAUAAUAGGAUUGGUCACUCUUGCUGUAUAAUGAUUGAUAGGCUGAUGUUGUAUGCUAUUGAAUGACACUGACUACGCAAUACCUGACUAUGUAAUGAUAUGACUAAGUAACAUAACUAGUUACUUUAUGUGAACUGUAACUAGUAACUGUACUGAGUUACUUUGAAAAGGUUCCCCAACACUGCUGGGCACAGUGUAACACUGGAUAACCUCAAUAACUUACUGACAUUUUGCAACACGAUUUAUGUUUUUCUAAACUUUUUAAUUAAACACAAAGCAUCUCAAAGCCAUAUGUACUCUUCUACUAUUUUAACCAGAAUCUAUAUUUCUGGCAUUGUGCCAGAAUGUCAAUUCAUAUAUGAAAAUACAUAAUAAACCAAUAUGUUCACUAUGAAGCCAUACCUCAGUGUUUGUAACCAUUGGAAAUGUCAGUUGUGCUUUCUUUUUGACUUGCUUUGUUGUCCUGUGGGAUCAACUAUACCUGCAAGGAUCUUUUUCUAGCUGAAGAACUCAAGGCUGUGUUCUUUAUAAACCCAAGCUGUUUAUGAAGUGUGUUUGCUACAAAACAUUAACCAACUUGUAAAGUCUCUUGAAAGUUACAUUGUUCCCAAACUGCACAAUGUAUUACCACAUAAUCACGUUACAGGUUCUAUAAUAGCGAUUUAGACCAAAUCACGUUUGAUAAGCACGCUUGAAUGAGUUUUUAACAUAAGAGAGUGGGCCUUAUUGGCCAGUUGACCUCUCCGACUCCGGCAGACCUGGGGUUAUAAUAGAUACCGAUUACAACUCUCAAAACUAGAGACCGCCAGAUGUUAGGGAGAAUUAACCUUUUUUUUCACAGUUUGACACGGUCAUAUUUUGCACAAGCUUUACAUGAGCAUGCACUCACAUAUACUAUAUGUCAUAAAGUCAUCAUUGUACACACAACUGAUUUCUAAUCAAAGUAAUCUUUGAGGACAAUUCCAUGUGCUGAAAUAUGCUGUUGUAAUGAAGAGCUGUAAAGUUAAGUCUUAUCUGAAAGUAGUUAUUUUAGAGUGUUCUUGUUUGCCUGCUCUUCAGAAUAUUAUGUAAUUAAAAAGAACAUGUU